GUCACGGUAUUGCUUGGUGGGAAGUCGUCUGACGACAGGAGGGUGAAAAACAUGACAAUGCGCAUAAGACUUCAAUAAUAUGACAUUAAUCGGUCUACCUUGGUAUUAGUUUGCUCACAGGUGACAUGAUGAUUGUUUUCUACGGCUGUCGAUAGCGAUCGUCGUGUGCCGUCCAGGUUUUCUGAGGAUUUAUAAAACUCAGAUGGGUCAAGCUCUGUGGAGAUUGCCUCCCAGACAGCAGCAGCACCUUCAAGAAGAGCUGGUAGACUGUUUGGCUGAGAGUGGACAACCAAAGCAAGGGUGCGAUGGAUGCUCUCGCAGAAGAACUCAUCAGCACUGUUAUAGCACUGAUGUCUACCAUUUGCUGAAAACACGUGGUGCAGGUAAAGAACAACAUGGCUUCAUAGAUCUGCAGAUGCUUCCUCCAGAGUUGGGCAUCACAAUCCUGUCAUACCUGAAUGCAACUGACCUGUGCCUCGCAGGCUGUGUAUGGCAGGACCUCGGAAAUGAUGAAUAUCUUUGGCAGGGUCUUUGUAAGUCUACAUGGGGUCACUGCUCCAUCUACAUGAGGCGACUACCCGUUGGUUUCUCAUUUAGAAAACUGUAUCUACAACUAGAUGAAGGAAGUUUGACAUUUAACGCCAACCCACAGGAGGGUAUCAGUUAUUUCAUGACAAAAGGGAUACUUGUCGACCAUCCGGGCGAGGUGGCCAAGUUUAUUUUUUACACCAGACGUCUCAAUUGGAAGAUGCUCAGGAUUUACCUGGAUGAGAGACGGGACGUUCUGGACGAGUUGGUGAAGCUGCAUAACUUCAGCAACCAGUUUCUACCGAAUGCACUUCGGGAUUUCUUCAGACACAUCCAUGCACCAGAAGAGCGUGGAGAGUAUCUGGAGACACUAAUCACGAAAUUCAGCCACAGGUUUAUCACCUGCAACCCUGAUCUUGUCCGAGAACUUGGUCUCAGCCCUGAUGCUGUGUAUGUACUGUGCUACAGUCUCAUUCUGCUGUCCAUUGAUCUGUCCAGCCCUCAUGUAAAAAAUAAAAUGUCCAAGAGGGAGUUUAUAAGGAACACUCGUAGAGCAGCCCACAAUAUCUCAGACGAUUUUGUUGGCCACCUGUAUGACAACAUCUACCUGAUUGGACAUGUGGCUGCAUAAAUCCAUGUACUAUCUUUCCACGGUCACUUCACAUGCUUACAAAGAAGAAGAAGAAAAACAUUUGAGAGAUUUUUUUAUUUCUUGCUGAAUUGCGGCAGAUUUUGUCUAAACUUGAAUGUAUGAAGACAAGCACUGACACUGCACUGACAAAACCUGUCUUGCGUUGUACUAGCUAAAAAUGUAGAAGUGAUCUGCAGGGGGCGCAAUUUCCCUUCACUCUAGAAGUGAUCAACUGGAAUUGCUUUACGUCUUUUCCCCUUUCAGAAUGGACAUUUUCUGCUCUAUUGGAUUCAAUGCAAUAUGUGUGUAAGUUGAUCUAGAAAUGACAGAUGAGCCUGUUUCAUUUUGCACUUAAAAAAAUACAUGUACACGUAUGGCACGACUGUUUAGAGCUACUUUCUAAUUAAAUUAAUGUUUCUAAUUUAAAUCAUUGUGUUUUGAAGAUGACCUUGUCUGCUUUCUGUAAUGUCAGAUUAAACCAAUUA